AGGACAUGCGCGCUGAUAGGAGGAGGAGGUGGAAGGCUUUCUGUCUGCUCCUGACUCCAUGAUCACUCAAUUAUGGUGAGGAACUCUCAUUUCCCAAUCGCCUGUUCUUUUGGAAAAGGAGAAAACAAGUGAGGAGUGAUUAUUUUUCUUCUCCUUUUAUCUAGACUUCAGCAUUUUCAGACUUUAUUUCGCUGUUCCUGGAGCUCUGAGUUUCUCUCUCGGAUCAGGAGUGUUUUUAUUAUUAUUAGGUUUUCUAAUAAUCGAUCUCCUCCGCCGCCACCCUGAAGUUCAUCGUGAUCAUCUUGGCCGCCGGGAUGGUGGCCUUCAUCGGAGCGGUAAUCUGCAUCAUCGCGGCUGUCCACACCGGAUCCUCCAGGGCUGCUGCGGCUCAACAACAACCGGCGGCUGAUAACCACUCUCUGUACCCGGACUCCGCGGCUCAGACCCCGGCUGCUGGGGGCUCCGUGGCUCGGGCUGGGUCUCUGGGAGCUCUCCAUGGUUCUGACACGCCCGACUCCGAGGCUCCCACCUUUAACAUCGGGCUGAGCGGGCUGGACGGGGUCACCGGGCUCACCGGACACGACCCGACGGUCAGCCGGCUCAUCUGCACCCCGAUCCCCGCCGGAGAGUGCAACCCCAAAAACUUUCAGCAACAAGCGGACGACCCGUCGCUGUACGCGGGGGAGGACUGGGGCUACCUCCGCACCACCGCGGAGGAGCUCCGGCAGACGGUCCUGCAGCAGAAGGACCAGAUCCAGACGGACCAGAGAACCAUCCGGGAGCUGACGGGGAAACUAUCCGAGUGUGAGAAGGUGCUGGACGGGAAGAGCGGCAGCAGCGCGGACCGACGUGGGGACGCCGCUGCCGGGCUGCGGGGGGGGAAAGCCGCGGCGGACCGUGAGGAGCACCUGGAGCGGAUCAUGGUGCGGGACAGCCCGGCUUCUACGCACGACAGCGUCCACCUGCUCACAGUCAGAGCCGUGGACGAGCUGGAGCAGGCGAUCAAUCAGCUCAAAGACCGGAUAGAGAAACUGGAGUCAGACAUCGGCCCGUUCCCUCACAACCAGACAGACAGCAGCAGCUCCGGACUACCAGAGGAAACCGGGACGUCUGGCGGCCCAGAAAGGUUGUCCGAUCCCGGGCACAGAGCCGGAGCAGAGCGGCCAUGGAGGGUGGAGGACCUGGAGGGGGAACUGGAGAGGAAGGUGGAGCUGCUGGAGAAGGAGAGGAAAGCCCUGAGGCAGGAAACAGAGAAACACAGACAGGAAAUCGACCGAGGCAUCGAUAAACUACACCAUCGAAUCUCCGGCCUGGAGGAAGGACAUUCCUUCCCAGAGGGCUACAGACUGUCCUUCCCCACACGGACUAACUACAUGUAUGCUCUGGUCAAACACUCCAUCCCAAAGCUUCGUUCCUUCACCGCCUGCCUGUGGCUUCGGCCAGCGGAGGGAGGCAUCGGGACCCCUCUGUCCUACGCUGUUCCUGAUCAGCCCAACGAGCUGGUGCUGCUGCAGGGCCUCCAUUCACCAGCCGAGCUGCUCGUCAACGACAAGGUCACACAGUUACCUCUGAACCUGUCCAGAGGCAGCUGGCAGCACGUCUGUGUGAGCUGGAGCCAGAAGGGAGGAGCAUGGCAGGCCUACCAGGGGGGAAAGCUGAGGGGCGAGGGCCAUGGACUAGCCACCGGACAUCACAUCAGACCCGGAGGAGAGCUCGUACUGGGGCAGGAGCAGGACUCUCUGGGUGGAGGUUUUGACUCGUCCCAGGCCCUGGUAGGACAGCUGUCCCAGGUGGGUCUCUGGGACCGGGUCCUGUCGUCCUCCCAGGUGGCCACAUUGGCGCGAUGCGGUAAAGUACCUCAGGGCAGUGUGGCCCCUUGGACCGAGAACGGCAUCGAAGUUCACGGAGGAGCAACCAAAGAUCCGGGGGAGCCCUGUAGUAAACACAGCAGGAGCUCCCAGUGACUGGCAGGUUUCAGAGGAGAGUUAAUGCUGAGACAGAAUGUUGUAAUCACUGAAACCUUCUAAAGCUCAAUGUGGCAUGGGAUGACAAAUGUGUAUAAAUGAAAAAAACUGUUGGUUUAUAUUUCUAAGAGGCUUUGCUCACCAGAUUUCUAACGCUAUCCUGGAGGUCCACUGGAGAAUCGGCCAGUUCCUUCAUAAUGUAAUAAAGGGUAUAGAAGUUACAAGAACAUUACCAUUAAGCACAUUUGUUUUCAGAUUGAGUCCACGUCGUUAGAAUAUCAUGAGUCACUGUUCAGACUCUGUUAAUCAACCAGCUACCAGUCUGAUUAUGGGAUAUAUCUGAUGUUAAUUUGAGACAACAAGCCAAAAAUUAGAAACUAGAACAGUAGAGGUGUUAACAGGUCAUUAUUUAACCCUUAAAGAAAUAAUUCAACAUUAAACAUGCUUUCUGACUGAGAGUUACAUAAGAAGAUGGACGUACCACCAGCAGCCAGCUAACUUAGCUAACCAAACCACGGAUGGAUGGCAAAUCAAUGGAAAAACCAACAUAAAGUGUCUUAAAGUUGUGUCACCACUGAUUUUAGAGUUCAGGUUGUGUUGCUCCUUUUGUGUUGUUAAGUUCUUGACAGUGAUUGAAUUCUGGUUUAGCGGUUUCGGAUGCAGACUUUUUUUUUGACAACAAAAAGAUGAAAAAUCGAGUUUUAAGAAUGUAUUGACAGAGAUUUGUCAUACUGAACACCUCUACAAGAAACUUUCUUGGGUCUCUGCUGGUUUCAAAACACCUUUGAUCAACUUUGUAUCUAAAAAAAUCUGUUUCUACACUUUGGUGUUUGUAUUGAUUCCACACUUUAGAUUUAUUAUAUUUAUUAGUGAGCUCCAUCAGCUUUGCAGGGUCUUGGCAGGUUGAUUCUGUGAAUUUUGGACAGUUGAAGGUGAUCUGUCACCAGUUUCCUAUCUCUAUGCUAAGCUAAGUUAGCCAGCUGCUCAGUCUACAUUCAUGCUAAUGGUAUUAAUCUACUCAUCUAACCUUUGACGAAAAUAAACCUAAUUUCUAAAAGGUAAAAUUUUCCUUUAAAGUGUUCAGAUUAGUGGAGAUAAUUUCAUUUAACAGUAAAAACCUGUGCAGAAAUGAAUAUUUCCUGCUAGUUUGGUUGAGAUGGCCAGGUGGUUCUGAGUUGUUCCUCAGGGAUCUGACCUCCACAAUGAAUGCCAGAAGUCAAGCCGGCUGAAAUCCCUCCAUGUGGGGGUCAGAGAGGAGUUAAUUAGGGACAGCUUUAGAGCUCAGAGUCAAGCUAAGGUGAUGAAAAGUGUUGGAGAAGCGAUGGAAUAUUAAGUAGUAGAUGGCAGCAAAGUCAGAUGAUGAAAGACAAAGGAAAGAAGGAGAUCAGGAGAAGGAGCAAGGCUUCGUUGUUCUCACCUCUGCAUGAUAUGUUCAUAUACAUUUAAUGUCUUUCCACUGCAAUGUGAUGCUCACCAGUUUCACCAGAGAGGAUACUGCCUCCUGCAUUCAUACCAAGGUGGUUAUCUGUGUUCGUCUUUAACGGUCUGAAGGUUUCUUUAUUCCUUUAUUACCGGAAGUUUCUGAAGAAAUAAAAAAUGAGAAAAUAAGUCCUUGUUUGCCUGAAUAUUGCUCUUUCAGGGCUAAAUUGACUAAUUUCCUGACAAGCUUUUUGCCAUAUUUGUGACAUUUAUGAAUGAAAAUCUAAUUAAAGAUACGUUAAAGGAUCAGCCACACAUUCCAAACCACCUGCCUAGUGUUGUAUAGAUCACACUCAUGCUGCACAAACAGCUCGGACCUGUUGAGGCAUGGAAACCAGAUCUCCUUUGGGUCCUUGGGGUGGCAGGGUGAGGCAUUUAUUGAAUGGACUUAUCUGGGCACAUAUCCACAGAUGUUGCAUCUAGUGGUGUGUGAUGCUGCAAGAUUUGGUAUCGAUCCAAUACUAAGUAAAUACAGGACCAGUAUCACUGAUUCCAGACUAACUUUUGCAGUAGUUGGUAGGUUUAGAACAAAGGUUAGGUGCUGCAUCUGGUCCACAUCUGGAAUGAAGAUGUGGUUGUAAAUGCUCACUGAGUCUAAGGAUCAGACUAAUUCCUGCGCAGGUUUUCUGUGGGUCAGACAAGGAAGAAUCUGGGUUGCCGAUGAAAUCACAAAGUGAGAGAAAACCUCCUUAAACUGAUCAUUUUUGACAGUUUGGUCAGUGCUUGUGCAAUAUGUCUAUCGGUGAAAUAGGAAAUGCUCUUUUAAGAUACAUUUUUACAUUAAAGUUGAGUUACUUUUGUAAUGAUGAAUAUGAAAAAAUGUCCCCUGUAUGGUUAUUGUCUUUGGUAAUAAAGUGUGACAGACAUUGUCAGUUCAUCGCUCCCACCUGGUCCCACCUGGUUCCGGGUUCAAUAUGAAUACCAACGCUGGUAUCAAUAUUCUUGAUAUCUGGAUUGUUCCACCCACCUCUAGUUCUGUCACAUUCAGAUCUAGAGAGAUUGGAGGGUGGAUCAACACUUUAAACUCUUUACUUCAGUGUUUCCUUGAGCAGUUGUUGCCGUGUGGAGGGUGACACCGUCCUGCCAGAGAGUGUUUGUUCUGCAGCAACGUUUAGGUGGGUGGUCUGUGUCCAGGUUCAUCCACCUGAAUGUCAGUUCCCAAAGCCAGAAGACUGUAUUCCAACAAGAUGAAUGUUAAACACUUCACCUGUGAGUGGUUUAAUGUUGUGGCUGGUGGUGUUCCUCAGAUGACAACUUUUGGUCCAAUCUUACUGCACAUUUUCUGUUCUUUGAAUUGAUGGUCUCAAACAAUCCGUUUCCUGAUUCACUCGUUUUAGUUCCAACGUUCUCAGAUAUCGACUGUUUUAUACACGCAGCCUCUCGUGGAUAAAUGCACAACUUUCAACCUCCAACUACUUUAACCAUAAAACAUUCCAUGCAUGAGCUGUGACGUUUGUUUGCCUUGAUGCGUUUCUGAUAAGAAUAUUCUAAUCACUAUUCAUGACUGCCGUGUGAGAUGUGCUGUUAAAUAAAGAUGCUUCAUUUAAAAGUUUCCCCCAGCAUAAAGCGAUCUUUAGUGGAAAGUGCCUGUCAGGGUGUCUGAGCCCACGGAAACAAAUCAUCUGCUCUAUUAUCCUGAUGGAAAAACACUCACUGCAAGAUGUUUUGAACUGAUUGAGCAUCCGUGUUUCUAUGAAUCCUCCAGAUGUUUUUUUUUUUAGAUGAAAGAGGUCUGAUCAGACGUUUGCCAACACAUUACUUGAAGCCUCUGCGCCAAACUGAUGCUAAAUCAGGUCAGAAGCAUCUUGCUGAGCCUAGCAGUGUCUUUGAUGAAGCCUCUCAGUCUGCAGUGUUGGUUCUAUAUAUUUAUGUCAUGCUUGGUGUCUGGUCGGCUCUUUUUUGGGCUUUUUGAUGGUAGUGUGGCAUUGUUAUGUUUACUGGAACAGAAAACUACUGAAGCUUUGUUCCCCACUGUAUGCAUCGGUAUCUGUCUGUUUUAUGUUGUUGAAUGUAUAAAUACUGUACGUCUUUGUCUUCUAUGGUGUUGUAUUGUUCUGCAUAUGUGCCGUGUACAAACAUCAAUUCUUUAUUAAAGUCUCAAUUUUCA